AACUUGGGUGAAUUGAGACAUAUGAUUAAGUUCAAUUAAUUGAUAAGCCAAGAGAUAACGUACACGUUAUCCGGCUCAUCGCCUUAAAUAGGCUAACCUGCGUACCUUGAAUGAUCUUCAGUACACGAACAGCUCACACUGUAUUCGGCCAUAAAUUUAUAUUUAACAAUUCUUUAAAAUGGCGAUUUUUUCCAUGUCCACAUUCGUUCUGCUAACUUUCGCUGUUUUCACGGCUGGACAGGUCAGACAAGAAAUUCACAUUUACAAUUCGACGGAUUGUAGCGGCCUUCGCAUCCAUGGUGCAACUUCGUCCGGUCUGGUCAGCCUGAUUCCUAAUGCGAAAAUGCGAUCCGUUUUCAUAAUAGGAUUAUGGCGAAUUAGGGACUGUACAUCUGUAACUAAUUGUGUCCCUGACGCACAAUCACCACCCAUUAAGGCGUACGGAACUUGUUUUGGCGUUACCUUUGAGGCUACGGUUUUCAACUUGAGUCGACUUGGGGAUCCUUAUAUGACCGAAAAACGUCUAAACGUAUAUUCCGGGAGGGUCAUUGAUGGACAGGUUACCCCGAUUUGGGGCAACAUGACCUCAAUCGACGACCAGGGAACUUUACUCAGCAUGGGGUCAUCCUUUCAUACGGGAAAUUACUGGUGGACGGUGUACUCCGGGCUGAAUUUUACAGGGGUCGCGGAAUGUCUCAGGCCGGAUAGCCACACAGUCAACAAUGGCUAUGGCGUCAGUCGGACGGUCAACGUGAAUUAUACCGUCGGCAGUGUGAGGGAAGGAUGCUUUUAAGACUAGAAUGGCUUACCAGCUUUGUUGGAAAAGACGAAUUAUGCAAUUUGAUUUAUUAGUAUUUUUUUGUUUUUCUUGUCAAAUUUUGAAAAGAGAGUAGGAUUUAAUGAAAAU